GGCUAGGGAUUCGGAUUUCGGAACUGCAAUUAGUGCGUUAACGUACAUUUGAAAAUAAUGGCAACAUCCUUCUUUUUCGAAACGAGCACUUUCAAACCAAACGGCUGAUCGAAUGAUCCUCGUCUAUGACAGUUGAGCAUUAAGCAAUGGGAAACAUUGCAAGUUAUUUUUCCGAGAAAAUAGCGUUGGAAGGGCACGUUUUUGGCCAAACCAGCCAAGGAAAAUCUAUCGAAUGUAGUAAUGAAACACCAACACGUUGUGCCAAAAUGGUGCCAGGGAAUCAGUUAUUUGAUCCUAGAUCGCCAACUUUUGCCAUUGAUCGUACACCAAUUGUGUUUGAAGUGGAAAGUGAAGAUGAGAGACCAGAGGACCCAAGAUCACCAUCAUUUGGAAUAACUCGUACCCCAGUGAUCCCUGUUUAUGUGGAUGUCAAUAUGAAAGCUGUAUAUGAAAAAGAGAGAGAAGACUUAAUCCAGGUGCUUGAUUUUGCUGAUUUGGACUGCCUUUCUCUCUCCAACAUAGAAGAAGAUGGCUCAGUGAUUAGUGAAGAACCUCCUACUGCCUCUGCUACAGUUGAUGACACAGUUGCUGUUGUCAUUGAUGCUACCCCAUCAUUAACAGAAGAAAUUUAUGAUUUUUCCUCUUUUGUCAUCACAUCGUCUAGUACACCAAGGUCAAGUCCAGUGAAGCCUUCGAGUAAACCCAAACGCCCGGUCAGCAUCAAUAAUGUAGUCACUGUUGAUGAAAACUGUUUUGGGAAAAGCAACAGUCCCAUGAAUGGGGGUAAUUCCUUGUUGGCUCGGCCUCGAGUUCCGUUUGGUGAUGUCAACCGACCGGUAUUGGCUUCGCCUCGACUGCAGUUGCAAAACAAACAAAGGCGUGUUGUGCGAACCGAAAUCCUCCAACAUCAACAACGGUAUAGCAACAAAAACGACUAAAAUUUUAACUCAGAAACAAAACUUCUUUUAUUUUCAACCCCUUUCUGAUCGCAGCGUGUAGAAUAUGCACAAUAAUAAAUCGAAUACAAAUUUUAAUUCCA